CGCCAACCGCCAUUCAAACAUCGACAUACACCCAUCAAAUCCACGUCAACGCAUAUACAGAUACUCCCGUCAUACGCGGCCAGUUUAUAUAAAUAGAUCCGAAUGAUGGCUCUCAGGCGAUCUGCUCGCUUGAGCGCAACGCCCGGCAGGACAGCAUCGCCCCUGUGGCAACCAAGCACCCAGACAAACAAAGCCAGCCGGGCUCAGCUCAGCAGCAACGGAGUGAGCAAGGCGCGAAAAGCGCCGGAAAAGAGCAAGAAUGCACGGAACUCGAAAUUGAACAAGACCCUGGCCGAUGCCCUCCCAAGCAAGACUUUGACGGCGCAGGGCGCGGGCGGACAAGCGCCCGAGAACAUCUUCGAUCCGUCUUCUACUUCUAAUGGCCCUACACACAGGCCGCAUUCUACCCCUCCGCCCCUCGAUCGACCUGUCGAGCUUCAUGGAACGAAUGCCCCCCUCCUGACGCCCCAUGGGUCUUCCCUGGUUGCCUACCCGCCCGGCGCCGAGGAUGCCUCCCCCAGCAAGACUGGCCGACCGCGCCCGACAGCCACGACUGGGACGCUCUUGGAACAAGCCAUCGCGCACUUGAUCGCUGCAGAUCCGCGACUCGAACCCGUGAUCAAGCAGCACCCAUGCCCGCUCUUCUCGCCAGGGGGACUGGCCGAGGAGAUCGAUCCGUUUAAAAGUCUGGUCGUCAGCAUAAUCGGUCAGCAGGUGUCGGGCGCCGCAGCCAAGUCUAUCCGCGAUAAAUUCGUAGCGUUGUUUAACGAGAAGAGCGAUGGAGACGACGCAAAAGCGGGGAAUCGAUUUCCAACGCCGGAGGAGAUCAUCCAGUUUGAUAUUCCCACGCUGCGGACAGCGGGUCUCUCCCAGCGGAAAGCCGAAUACAUCCAAGGCCUAUCGCAGAAGUUUGCAGACGGGGAACUCAGUGCGCGGAUGCUGCUGAACGCCAGCGACGAGGAACUCCUCAAGAGAUUGACUGCUGUUCGAGGCCUGGGCCAGUGGUCCGUCGAGAUGUUCGCCUGCUUCGCCCUGAAGCGAAUCGAUGUCUUCUCUACCGGCGAUCUUGGUGUGCAGAGGGGCUGUGCCGCGUUCGUGGGCAAGGACGUGAACAAGCUCAAGGCCAAGGGAGGCGGUAAGUUCAAGUAUAUGGCCGAGAAAGACAUGCUGGAGUUGGCAGCAAAAUUCGCCCCGUAUAGGAGCCUUUUCAUGUGGUACAUGUGGCGGAUAGAGAACGUAGAUAUUGCCGUACUGAACCCUUAAAAAAGUGAGAGCAUCUCAUCUCUUCCUUUGUUUUCUAUUGGAGUCGAUAGGGGUUCCUUCAUUUGAUUGGUAUAACAUGUAUUAUAUGACAGCGUUGGAUAACACGCCCUUGGCC